AUGGCGCUCAUUCUCACGCUGCUUGCGGCCAUUCCCAUCUUGGCGGUGGGUAUUCUGCUGAAACAGGCCGUGUUUACAUUGUCGGUCUUACGGGCGAAUAAGAAAGACAGGGAGAAGGCGAGGGCUAUGAGCUCGUCGAUGGGGUUAAGCACCAUCCUAUGCGGGUUCAGAGUCUCCGUCGCCGUCCUCGACCGCUUUUUCGAAGCCAACGGCGUCAUGCCGACCUUUGGGCCCGCACUCGGCAUUCAUCCGCACCAAACUGGCCGCCACCCCGGCGGGCGCCGCCGACACCCACAACCAAAAUACGCGCAGUUGCAUCCUCAACAGAGAGGGAAACCUCAUGGCGACGCACGUCUACGUCCAUACGCCUACGUCAUGGUGUUUUGCCAGCGACAGAUCUACGUCGCGCGCGAGUUGCCAGACCAGACCCCGCCGGGCUUCGCAGAGCUGCGCAGCGAGAUCCUAGGGUUCGCCAACGAGGACGAGGAAGGCCUGCUGCGGGUCGCGGAUGUGCAGCCUGCCGGCACCGGGGAGGGACAAGUUCGGCGGGCAUGCUGUUUAUCGUCGUCACGGACGAGCGCGGGUAUCCAUAGAAGGGUCCUUUUCUGCGCGAGGUGA